AUGGCUAGGCCCGAUGGUCAUUCAACCAUCCCUGUCCCUGACAAGCAGUACCUGACCCAGGAUGCUGGCAAGGGGGUUGGUUUCAGCGGCGAGGGUGGCCACACCGCUGGUACUUCCUCCUCCGGCAAUGCUGAGGCUGGCUUCGACUCCAGCUCCAACGCUACCGGUACUUUCACCAGGAGUUCCGCCUUCGGCACUAGCACCAACGGCACCGCUGGUCUCCAGGUCGGUGCUGACUUCCUUUUCCUGUAG